AUGAAAAUUGAAGGGGAAGUUUUUUCUGAAAAAGACAUCAUAGAAAGCUGAAAUCAGUAUACAGUAAAUGGGCAUAUUGAAAAUAAACAGGUCACUUUGAAUGUAAAUUCUAAAUUUAAAACAAGAAAACUCAUAAAUACACGAGAGCAUUUUUCUCGCUGUUCAUGCUUAGGCCAGCCGCCUGAAAAUGAGCUGUUUUUUGUAAAUCCUGAUAGCGCAAGAUUUACAAUUAUUAUAAAUGCAAAAUCAAACAAAAAGUAGAUAAAAUUAAUGUCAUUUGACAUUGUUCAGGUCUGGAGUUGCAAUUGCGAGCAUUUUAAAAGCUCGAUUUUAAUAUCAAGUAUCGAUAUGAAAGUAGAAAUAUGAUAUUAAUGUGGAUUCUUACUCACUCCCCAAAUCCGUGAGGAACAAAAUUUUUUGUUCUCUCACAGAGAGGGGGGUCAGCAAUUCCUAUUGAUCUCCCUACUCAUAGUGUAAAAAUAUUACUUGCAGGAAUUCAAGAGUCUAUAUAUUUAACCAGUUGUCAACUGCAUUUAUGAAAGUGGGGCGAAUGAUGAGUAUUUUUGGAAUAA